CCUGCGGCACACGUGGGUGGCGGAGCGGCGGGCGGGCACAUGGCGAGUUGCGCGGCGCUGGCGGUGUGCGGGCAGGCGCUGGUGGUGCGGGGUGGCAGCCGGUUCCUGGCCGUCUCCACUGCGAGCAGUGAUGAUGACAGCCUCUUCACAUAUGAUUGCAGUACGGCGGAAAAGAAGCCAGAAGAAAAUAAAGGGGAGGAUGGCCGGCCCAUGGAUCAGGGGAGCGACAUGAUUCUAGCGUCCACCUUCUCCACGUCUGGCAGCUAUUUUGCUUUAACUGAUGACAGUAAGCGUCUGAUUCUUUUCCGUACAAAACCAUGGCAAUGUCUGAGUGUCAGGGUGGUGGUGAGGAGGUGCACAGCUCUGACCUUCACAGCCUCUGAGGAGAGGGUCUUGGUGGCCGACAAGUCUGGAGACGUCUACUCCUUCUCGGUGCUGGAGCCCCAUGGAGGUGGCAGGCUGGAGCUCGGGCACCUGUCCAUGCUGCUGGACGUGGCUGUGAGUCCUGAUGACCGCUUCGUGCUCACUGCUGACCGGGAUGAGAAGAUCCGCGUCAGCUGGGCUGCUGCACCACACAGCAUUGAGGCCUUCUGCCUGGGGCACACAGAGUUUGUGAGCCGGAUCCUCGUGGUGCCCAGCCAUCCUGAGCUGCUGCUGUCCUCCUCAGGGGACUGCACCCUGAGGCUCUGGGAGUACAGAAGUGGCCGCCAGCUGCAAUGCUGUGACCUGGCCAGCCUGCAGGAGCCGGUGGAGCCUCAGGGCCCCAAGAGGUUUGCCGCAUCCAGGAUUGCAUUCUGGGCCCAGGAGAGCUGUGUGGCACUUCUGUGUGACAGCCUCCCUGUGGUCCUCAUCUUCCAUCUUGAGGCCAGCGGACAGCAGCUGGCGUUCAGACAGCAGUUGACUUUUCCACACCGGGUGUGGGAUGUGGCGUUUGAGGAGACCCAGGGCCUGUGGGUUCUGCAGGACUGCCGUGAAAGCCCCCUGGUGCUCUGGAGGCCUGUGCGUGGCCAGUGGCAGGGAGCUUCCUGGCACCUGCUUCCUGGCCUCCUUCUUGCUGUCGCCGGUGUCUCCCACCUUCUUAUUGGGGCCUUUGUCACCUCUAGUCUGUUCCUGAAAGUGCUGUGUUACAGAGGCUGGCCAGUCAUCUCCGUGGACACUGGACCAUGUUGGAAGGCUCUGUUGGUGCUGCAGAUGGCUUCCGCAGCCUGUACAAGGCCACCUUUGACAACAUGACCUCCUACCUGAAGAAGAAGGAGGAGAGACUGCUGCAGCAGCUGGAGAAGCAGCAGCGCCGCAAGAGCCCUCCUCCAGGGCCCCCUGGAGGGACCAAAAAGGCCCGCUCAGGGCCGGCAGCCUUGGGCUGCUGACCUCUGUCUUGGCGGGGCUCCCCACUGGCAGUACAAGCAGCUCUUGGCCCAGCACCUCCCUUUAGAGGGAAGAGGUGGCAGCCAGGUCCCACUGGCCCAGUGGACAGUCUGUGGUCGCCAGGCUCUAGAGUGUCCUCAUUGCUGGGUGCAGGCUCUUGCCUGGAGUCCGUUCCUCCCCACCGGGAAGCCAUGCAGUGACAGCUGAGCUGGAGAGUCUGCACAGGGUGGUGGGAGUGCCUUGGGCACUGUGUCUUCCUUUUGGAGGAAAUAUACUACCCGUGGCACUGGCGGCUACUUUCUUGCUGUGUCCUCAGUGCUGUCUGCCAGGUGCGUCUUCCUCCUGGGAAAUCAGGCACCUCCUGGCUUUCUGCCCUCGCAGUGCCUCCUCCUGGGUGCUGCCUUGCAGCUCCUCUGGGGUGCUGUCCCUGAUUGACGUGUGCAGUAGCUGGGUGGUGAGUGGCUCUGUGCAGCGCAGCAGUGAUGUGUCCCUGGGGGAGCUGGAUGGCGCUGGCACAGGAGGGGACUUUGUUGAAGGCGUCUGUGGAUGUGGCCCUGGUGAGGACCUCAUUUCACAGGGAAGUGAUUGGUGACGUGUGUUUUUGUGCCUAUGACUUGGACUCUGCUCACUCUGCGGAGUGGCAGGGGGUUCUAACGAAGGGAAGCUUUUGUGGCUUCCUGCAAGUGUGUGGGGCAGUGUGUGGAGCUGGCCCAGGUGUGAGGUGGGUGCUGUGUGGAAGUCGUGUUUCUCAGUGCAGGUCGUGGCUGUGCCAGCCUGGCCACUGAACCCAGCUUCUGCCCACUUUCUGUGAUUCUGUCUCAGACCCAGGCCCAGCGUGGGUGGGUGAGGACGUGGCCAUUUAAGCAGAUUUCUGCUGUGCACCAGCAGUUAGGAGCUUUGGCUUCUCCCCCAGUGCCCUGGUCUCCUUGGACCCCAGCCUGGAAGCAGCAGUGUCUUGGAGUAGCUGGGCCCACUCGCCUUCACGGGCAGGAGGGGCUGCUGUGUGGAGGGGCCGUGUCCUGUGUGCUGCAGGCCCUCUGAACAGGCCUGUCCUCAGUGGGUGGUGUGGAGUUCUUGGUGUAGGAGAAACUCGGGUGUGGUCUCCUCCAAUGCCGGUGUUUUGGGAACCCUCUGAGCUUGCAGCCUCCCUUCUCCCUGGCCCCCCACCUUUUACGUUUUAUUUUGAUUCAGUGUCUUGCCAGGUUUCUGGGGCUGGCCUCAGACUACGAUCCUCCUGUCUCGGCUGGUAAUACCUGGGCUCUGCUUGGUGCUGUGGCAGCAGGUGUGGCAGGACCAGGAGCGCUAGCGGACGAUUCUCGCCCCCUUGAGAUCCUGUUUAAGUUGUGUGUUUAAAAAAUGAACUGGUUUGCUUCUGGGAAAUGCCUUUCCUGUUCACCUGGCUCCUCCUCCCAGCCAGAGUAGACACGGUCCUCCGUCCACGUUGUUCCAGCCAGCGCUCGGGUUGGUGGCCAGGCCCCUUCGGUGUCUGGUGAGGACUCACAGACACAGCUUCAGGGCAGUGCCGCAGAGCCAUGGGCAUGAUGUGAGGAGAGGCUGCAGUCGGGCAGGACCACCCGUCUUCCCAGUGGUUGCUCUAAGUCUGAUCCUUACCAAAGUCAUGCACGUGGGUGACAGGCCAACGGGCAUCUGUGGCCUGCUGUCUCCCCUCCCUUGGUUCCCGACCUUGUUUCUUUCUCCAGAGGCCAUGGUGUUUGGUGGUAUUCCCUGCCCGACACCCAAGUGACCCCCAGGGUCCACUCACUGGGUCACUCUCACAGAAGUUGCUGUACACACACUUGAGUGGUGCUGUCCACGUGCUCACGUGGAUCCGAGUGCGCCUUUGCCCAGCGCUCGCUGCCUGGUUUCCAGGUGGGUUGGCCAUGUGCCCUCUGGCACUGCCUUUCCCUCUCACAGGGCUGUCCUCUUGUCUGCUCAGUGGCUCUGGCUCACCUGGCCCCAUGGCCAGGAGUGGCUUCCAGCUGGACCUCAUAUCCUGUGGGGUCCUGGGCUGGCUCCCUGCCUUUAGGGCCCCUAAUUCCUAGCAGAAUGGGGGCUUUAUUCCAGCUGGCUCUGAGAGCCUGCGCUCAGGUGCUCCCAGAUGUCCAGGAGUUUCUCCCGUGGGAGGCUGGCAGCACCCCAGUGCACAUGCUCUCCGUAACCCUCACCUCACAGCAGCACCCUGCUGUUCCCUCCCCUGAUGCCUGCUUGCUGGGCAGCUCGCUCAGAUCCUGUCUGCCACCCAACCGCUUCUGCAUCAGUUUCAGCACUUGUGUGAAGAUUUGCCCUUACGCCCCUUAGAAUUUUAUCCUUUUUUCAUCGUUCCUAUUUUUUAAAAAUUGUUUUUAUUGUCAGUGGAUCUUUAUUUUAUUUAUUUUUUUCUGUUGCUGAGGAUCAAACCCAGUGCCUCACACAUGUGAGACAAGUGCUCUGCCAUUGAGCCCCAGCCCCAGCCCCAGCCCAUUUCUGUUUUUUAGUUGGUAUGUGUUUACUUUUGGGGACAACUCCUUUCAUUGAUUAAAAAACGUGGUUAUCAUAUUGAGCCCUGCA